UAUAAUUACAAUGCAAUAUAUUAUGAGUGGGUGUAAUAACUGCUAAACCAACCACCCACUUCCUUUAUUUCCCAUCCGCCAUAUCAUACACCAUAAAGCCCCCACUCCCCUUCCUCCCCUUCCUCCCCAUCCAUUCUGCCGCGCAUUGCCAUCCCUCCCAACCCGAGUCAUGGCCUCCAAAUCCUCUUCAACUAAUUAUACGGCUCUCAUCCCAUGCGCCAUGGCGCUCCUCUUUGUGGGGUUUGUGAGCUCCAACGUAGACCAAGACAGGGCAGAGUGCGCGGACCAGGUGGUUGGGCUGGCCACUUGCUUGCCGUACGUGGGCGGGGAGGCGAGAGCACCGACGCCGGACUGUUGCAGUGGGCUCAAGGUUGUGCUUGAGAAGAGUAAGAAAUGUCUUUGUGUGUUGAUAAAGGACCGUAACGAUCCAAGCCUGGGACUCAAAGUUAAUCUUACGCUUGCUCUUGGACUGCCUAAUGCAUGCCAUGCCCCUGCCAACAUCCAAGACUGCAUCGGGCUUCUCCAUCUGUCGCCCAACUCCCAAGAUGCUAAGGAUUUUAUGGGCUCCAAGGGAGCUAACACUACAGCCGCACCUGCUUUUGCAGCGCCUGGGAAUUCCACCCAAAGUCCCAUGGAGAAAGGUAGCGGAAUGAGGAAUCAAUGGUCGAGUGUGGAGAUGUUCAUUGGGUUUCUCACUUCAUCGCUUCUAUUCACUUGUAUUUGGUAGUUCUAUUUUUAUUUUGUUGUCCCCACCACAAACUUUUUCUUCUUUCCAAUUUAACCUAAUGUC